UCACUCUCACCUUCCACGAACAAGGCAAAAGCAAGAGUUGUUGAUGGUACAAAUCCACAAGAGAUAGAGAUAACAACACCUGCUUUUAACGAAGCGAAUUUUGAGAGGGUUGAAAGGUUAAUCAAAGGACAAUAACCAAUAGCUGCCAAAGAGAUGUUGAAAUGCUAAAUUGUUAGCCACUGAGGUGGGUUGUUAUUAGUUUUGAAAGAUUUCCUUGAUGUUCUGUUGUUGUGUUGGCUGACAGGGGGAAUGCUAGAGAGAUUGAAAGUUGACGAAUGCAAAUUGUAUUUGCGAAAGAAUUGUCUGAGGCUAUCUGGAAAUAAGGAUGUACUUGUCCAGCGUAUUAAGGAGCAUCUGCAGAUCAUAAAUGGUGGAGGGGAAAGAAAGUACCCACCCUCUAGCUUUGUAUUGGACUGUAAAGGUGAUGCAUGCACUGGGGAUGUUGUUUUGUUUGAGCAGAAUGUUUAUGAAAUGUUCAACAUAGCAUCUAGAAGUGCCAGCGGUCCAUCAUGUGGUAAAAGGACUGUUGCAGGCCGCAUAGUGAAAGAAAGCUAUGGCACUGCCAAACAGCAGCAUACUUUUACAAUUGAAGUACUAUGGAGCAAAGGAGAAAAGCCUUUUCCUCCACUUCAUCCCCUAUUGAUUAAGGGUCGAAACCUUUAUAGGUUGAAGACUUUGAGACAGAAAUGGGAGGAUGAAGGGGAAAGGCAGAAAAUAUUGACGGAGAAACACUCGAGGGGAUCUAUUGCUCGGGAAGAUAGAGAAGCAAGGGUACAAGAAAAAGUGAACAGAAAAGCAAUUGUGGAAAACAGGGUCUCCAGAAAGCAUUCAGUAAUACAUCAUCCUCAUGCCAUUAAUCAAGAAAAACCAGCAUUCCCAUCUAAGAGUUCAGCUGUAUCUGCCAUUAAUCAAGAAAAACCACCAUUCCCAUCAGUAGUGACUGAACAGGGGGGUAAGUCCGUUAGUUCUAGACGAUCGAAUGAAUCGACAUCUUUUGGUGUUAACCAUGUAAAUAACCAGCAAGAUUGGAAGCACUCAUCUGACCCAAUCAUUAAAGCUCAACUUGGUGACCUCCACUCCAAACAAAAAGAGCAAUACCAAUACCAAUACCAUCCUAGUGAGAGAAACAGGUUUGCACAAAGAAAUCCUUUGACUAGUGCUAAUCACCUUCUUCCGUUGCUGAACAACAGAGAAAUCCACAAGCAAAAGCAGCUAUGUAGAUAUUAUGCUCGUGGGCGGUGCUAUUUUGGGGACAAUUGCAAAUUUGUACAUGAUUUGAUACUAUCAAAUCAAGAACAAAGUCUUAUCCACUAGAUAAAGUCAGCUACAUGGAUCAAACUAUGUUUUUGCGUCCUAUCAUGUAUCUUUGAUAUAUGUCAUGAAGAUUCGACUAAGCUUUUAUGCUGCCUGUCGAGAGCCUAACGUAACCCUUCUGUUUUAUCCGGACUUGAGAUUGAUUAUGCAACAUAGGUGGAGUUAGGUGUUUGAUACUAUCAAAUAAUAUUGUUUAAAUCAAUGAAAAGUGGUAUAUAGAGUGUUGUUUUUAAA